UAAAAGGGUUGCAUAUGGGCGAAAUAGUUUGGUAGUAGUACAGUCGAUUGAUCGUUGAUUGGCGUUGCAUUUCAAUGUUCUAUUGGAAAUAUUGAUAAAAGAGGCAUUCAGAAACAAUAGUUUAGAGCAAAAGAUAUACUCUUGUGUUCGUAUAUCAAGUUGCAAAUCCACGCACGUAGUAUUUUGCUACACCCUUGAUUAUCGCGCGCCACUUUGUGCACACUGACGCCAAUUCAUGCGCUUUUUCCUUUGUCAUUUUCUUUCGGUGCUCAUUUUGAAAAAGUUGCUGUGAAGUAAAAAUUUCGUUGAAAACAUCGUUGGUACCAAAUAUUCGCAUUGAGAAAAUCAGUCACGCACGCAUACAUACACAAGUAAGCGGCGUCAAUCACAAUCAAACGGCGAACAAAAGGCGGAAAGUGCAAAUUAUAUCGAAAAAAUGGAAGAUGUAAAGAAGCGUAUCCAAGAUGAAGAUAUUGAGAGUGGAGAAGAAGGUGGAAUCGCUUCAACUGGAAAUAAUAGCAGUACGACAAUUCCUAAAAAGCGUGGCCGUCCUUCCAACCCAGACAAGGUGAAGAAGAUGCCAAGUGGACGAGGUCGUGGUAGGCCAGCUAAGAAUUCGACAAGCAGUGUUGCCGGCAAAAAGAGCGCCGCUGAACCGGUUUCCGAUGAUGAUGCGCCGGUAGCUGCAAAUGGUGGUGGUGGUGGGGGACGUGGCCGCCCUCCGAAAUCUGCAAAAGGACGUGGUCGCCCAAAGAAGCAAGCGCCAGCAUCCGAAGAAGAUGAUGAGGAAGCUGGUGUAGAUGGUGAAGAUGAUGAUGAGCAAAGUGACUACAAACCAAGUGGCCGAAAAGCGGGACGCAAAUCGAAAUCACCGAAGAAAGUAGGAAAACCAAAAAAAGCAAAGAGCGAAGACGAAGAUGACGAAUCUGGAGAGGAAAAGCGUGUUGCUGGACGCGGCCGAGGUAAAAAAGUUGUAGCAACUGGAAAACGACCAACAUCGUCUGCUGCCAAUGGAGGAGUGCCGAAGAAACGAGGUCGACCAUCGGGCUCUAAAAAGGUAGCCCCUGCUAAACCUGGUCGUAAACCCGCUAAAGGAGCCGAUUCGGACGAUGACGAUUCACAGGAUAAAGACGAUAACGAUGAUAUCGAAUCAUCCGAAGACGAGCAGAAGAAAUCUAAAAACAAGGAGGAUACUGAGGACGAUACGGCUGCAAAUAGCAACGAAGAUGACGAUGAUUUGGCAGAUGGUGAGGAGUCCGCCGCUUAAAGCCGAUAAAACUAAUCAUGGAUUAAGAUACGGCAUACAGAAUUAUAUAUGUAUUAAGCAAAUCAUCAGUAUAAUUCAGUAGCAUAUAUACAUACAUUCAAAACAAAAACAUCUCUUCAUAUGCAUUUAUAAAACAAGAGUUAAAUAAAAAAUAGUCAUAAGUUUGAAAAGGUUUGCAUUGAGCUAUCUACAAACGAAUCGUUUCAUUAUAUAUAUCAUCACAAUAGAAAUGUAUGCAUAUUGAGGAACAUUAAAGUUCCGUGCCACCAACAUACAUAUACAUUUAACAAAUUUAAUUUGGUGGAGAUUUAUUUAAUUUAUACAAUUUGCUCACCAAUAUUAGGAAUUGGUUAGACUUAUUUCUUUGAUUUUUUCAUUUUAUUUUUUAAUCAUUGUUCGAUCAUCUCGCUGUAUUUGUAGCAAGUAAACAUCUUUUAAAUAGCAAAUAGCAUUUGAUUGUCAGCCGCUGUAAACGUUUUUGAAUAAACUUUCCAUGUGCAACCUUA